AUGAGCGGCGCCGACUCAGCAGAGGCACCCGAGGAGCAGCGCUUCCUCAGCACAGCGGAGGCGGCCGCCUUGGAGCGGGAGUUGCUGGAGGAUUAUCGUUUCGGGCGGCAGCAGUUGGCGGAGCUGUGUGGACAUGCCAGUGCGGUGGCAGUGACCAAGGUCUUCCCCCUGCCCGCACUUUCCCGGAAGCAGAGGACGGUGCUGGUGGUGUGCGGCCCCGAGCACAACGGGGCGGUGGGGCUGGUCUGCGCCCGGCAUCUGCGCAUGUUCGAGUAUGAACCCACCAUCUUCUACCCCACGCGUUCUCUGGAGCCACUGCACCGCGACCUGACCACCCAGUGCGAGAAGAUGGACAUCCCCUUCCUGUCCUACCUGCCCACCGAGGUCCAGCUCAUCAACAACGCCUACGGGCUAGUCGUGGACGCUGUGCUGGGCCCCGGCGUGGAACCCAGUGAGGUGGGGGGCCCCUGCACGCGGGCACUGGCCACGCUCAAGCUCCUGUCCAUCCCCCUCGUCAGCCUGGACAUCCCCUCAGGCUGGGACGCGGAGACGGGCGGCGACGCGGAGGACGGGCUCCGGCCCGACGUGCUGGUGUCACUGGCGGCGCCCAAGCGCUGCGCAGGCCGCUUCUCCGGGCGCCACCACUUCGUGGCCGGCCGCUUCGUGCCCGACGACGUGCGCCGCAAGUUCGCGCUGCGCCUGCCCGGCUACUCGGGCACCGACUGCGUGGCCGCGCUGUGACCGCCCGCGACAAUAAACGCCAAGUCCCGCCUCGG